AUGGUGUUGUUACAUGGUAACUUAGACAUUUGGGUGAAGGAAGCUAAAAAUCUUCCUAACAAGGAACGGUUCCAAAGGUACAAAAAGAACCGUACAAGUGAUCCUUACGUGACUGUCUCUAUCGCAGGUGCAAAGAUAAGCAAAACUUUUGUGAUCGACAACAAUGAGAAUCCUGAGUGGAUGCAGCAUUUCUAUGUACCGGUGGCUCACCAUGCGACGGUGGUUAAAUUUGUGGUGAAAGACAGUGACCGUUUUGGAGCCAAGUUCAUAGGAGCUGUUGGAAUCCCAACCGAGGAGUUAUGUUCAGGGAACACGAUCGAAGGGCUGUUCCCGAUACUUAACAGUAAUGGGAAGCCAUGUAAAAAGGGUUCUGUGUUGAGUUUGUCUAUUCAAUACACUCCAGUGGAAAUGAUGAAAAUUUACCAAAUGGGUGUUGGUAAUGAGUGCGAAGGAGUUCCCGGUACGUACUUCCCUUUGAGGAAAGGCGGUAGAGUUACUCUGUAUCAAGAUGCUCAUGUUGAAGACGGGACACUUCCGAGUGUAGAUCUCGAUGGUGGGAUGCAGUAUAUACAUGGAAAGUGCUGGGAAGAUAUGGCUGAUGCUAUUCGACAGGCAAAAAACUUGAUUUAUAUCACAGGUUGGUCAGUUUACCAUCAGGUUAGGCUGGUUCGUCGCAAUAGUGAUCCCACCGAUGGUACAUUAGGGGAUUUGCUUAAAGAAAGAUCUCAAGAAGGUGUUAGAGUGUUGCUAUUGGUGUGGGAUGAUCCAUUUUCAAGGAGCUUUCUGGGGUACAGAACACGCGGAUGUAUGAAGACAAGCGAUGAGGACACUCGCCAUUUUUUUAAGAACUCGUCGGUGCAAGUUAAUAUUUGUCCUAGAUCUGGUGGGAGAGGUCUUCAUAGCUUUGUAAAAAAAACUGAAGUUCACACUAUCUACACACAUCAUCAGAAAACUGUGAUUGUAGAUGCUGAGGCAGCUCAUGGCCGAAGAAAGAUCGUAGCGUUUGUUGGAGGGCUAGACGUGUGCAAAGGACGUUUUGAUACGCCUAAGCAUCCUCUCUUUAAGACAUUAAAGACUCUCCAUAAAGAUGAUUUCUAUAACAAUUGUUUUGGGACUACUGAGGAUGAUGGACCAAGACAACCGUGGCAUGAUCUGCACAGCAAGAUCGAUGGUCCAGCAGCGUAUGACGUGCUUGUUAAUUUUGUACAGCGCUGGCUAAAGGCUUCAGAGAAACGGCACAGGAUUUCGAUACACAGAUCUUCUUCUAAGGAUGCUUUGCUCGAGAUUGAAAAAAAUCCAAAUAUCAUGGGACUAUCAGAAGCUUCUUUGGUUAGUGAUAACGAUCCAGAGUCUUGGCAUGUUCAGGUUUUUCGUUCCAUUGAUUCAACCUCAGUCAAAGGGUUUCCAGAGGACUCGAAAGAAGCUAGUACAAGAAAUCUUCAAUGUGGGAAGAAUAUACUUAUAGACAUGAGCAUUCACACGGCUUAUGUUAAGGCCAUAAGAUCUGCUCAGCAUUUCAUUUACAUUGAGAACCAAUAUUUUUUUGGAUCAUCAUUUAACUGGGAUUCACAUAAAAUCGUUGGUGCUAAUAAUCUAAUCCCUAUGGAAAUUGCGCUUAAGAUUGCUAAUAAAAUUAAAGCAAGAGAAAAUUUUGCUGCUUAUAUUAUCAUUCCAAUGUGGCCAGAAGGCGAUCCAACGAAUAUACUUGUGCAGAGCAUAUUACACUAUCAGUAUAAAACCAUGCAAAUGAUGUAUCGAACUAUCUACGAGGCACUUGUGAAAGCUGAACUUGCUGGUCAGUAUGUGCCACAAGACUAUUUGAACUUCUUCUGUCUUGGAACCAGAGAGGUUGCUGAUGGAAACGUUAACAAGAACGCAAAGGUAAAUGCUCCACAGAUGCAAGCACAGAAGAGUCGAAGAUUCAUGAUAUAUGUUCAUUCCAAAGGUAUGAUAGUGGACGAUGAGUUUGUGUUAAUUGGUUCUGCGAACAUUAACCAGAGAUCCUUGGAAGGAUCUAGAGACACUGAAAUCGCCAUGGGAGGAUAUCAACCACACCAUUCAUGGGCUAGGAAAGGUUCUCGUCCUCGUGGUCAGAUAUUUGGAUACAGAAUGUCGUUGUGGGCGGAACAUCUAGGGUUUCUAGAGAAAAGUUUCGAAGAGCCAGAGAACAUGGAAUGCGUGAGACAAGUUAGGAGAUUGAGUGAGCUUAACUGGAGACAGUAUGCAGCAGAGGAAGUCACAGAGAUGACCAGUCAUCUUCUUAAGUAUCCAGUUCAUGUCGAUUGGAAAGGCGAAGUGACUUCUCUUCCUGGAUGCGAGACAUUCCCAGAUCUUGGUGGCAGGAUUAUAGACACAGGCUUUGUGAUCAAAGAAAACCUCACCAUCUGAAACUUACCUUGGUUUGAUUUAUAAGCAAAAUCUGCACAUGAACUUAUCAAUGCCAAUGCAUAUCGGCUGCAUCUUUCGUAUCAUUUGAACACGUUAGACAUCUUCAAUGUAAAAAAUAUUAUUUUCAUUUCGUGGUGAUAAUAAGUUAAAAA